AUGCAGAUCUUUGUGGAAACUCUUUCCGGCAGAACCAUAACGCUCGAAGUCGAAUCUAGCGAAACUCCCGAAAAUGUCAAGGCUAAGAUUCACGACAAGGAAGGAAUCCCACCGGAUGAACAACGUUUGAUCUUUGCCGACAAACAGCUUGAAGACAAUGAUGGCAUGACUCUUGAUGAUUACAAUAUUCAGAAAGGGUGCACUUUGCAUUUGGUUCUGAGGCUUCAAGGUGUUAUGCUCGUCUGCCGCUUCGAGCCGUCAACUGUAGGAAGAAAAAAUGUGGACACAGCAACGAGGCCGAAUGAAGACAGCACCGUAUUUUUUGACCUCAUUUACUCUCUGCUGUCAUCUCUCUCUCUCCCAAAGGAAAAAACCAGAUCUUGUAAAUCGCGCCCCCCCUUCUCCGCCGGCGAGGUGAUACGAUCUUCCACUCUACCAGGACUGAGGCACGACUGGUUCCGUCAAUUUCGCCUCCUCCAGAGCUCGACGGGAGACUCUUUCGGCGGCGGGUCUCUCCGUUUCGUGUCCAUGGCCGCGGAGGGGGCGCCGCAGCGUUUUUUCUGGUUCCAGCCGUAG